UUAAGAUGGCGGCCUCCUGUUUUGUUCGCGGGAUUCGAUUCCUGACACGCCCGAACACCUGCGAUGUAGCAGUCUUCGAUCUUAAUUAAUAAACUUCUGGAAGCACGGACCAGCAAUAUGAAUCGCGCCAAACGGCAACCUAUUCCAGACCGUGAAAAUGAUCCUAGAUCGCUCUCGGCGACGUCGGACGAUGCUCAAGAAGCGUGCAAGUCUUCCCGGGUCCUCUGCGAGAGCGCCAGCGGCGAACCGCUCGUGUUCUGUUCCACCAACUACGGCGAAAACCUGGGCCACGAGUACGUGUUCAAGCACAAGGCAUUCAACACCAAGCGUUGGAUGCUCCUGACUACGUUUUUCCUGUCUUGUUUUCUCCAUUACGGGCUUCAUAGGAGGGACGUGGACUUCCUCGGCGUGUUCCUGGUCGUUCUCUUGUUGCUCUUGGUGGCCAAACUUCACCGUCGGGUCAAGGAAGAAUCUCUCCUGGUGAUGCAGUCGUUGGGAUUGCAGACGACGACCACCUUCGUCACAGGGCGGAGGGUGUCGAGAUUCAUCAACAAGGAGUUCAUCGAAGACGUCAUCAUAUCAGAAGCCAUCACGGUGCAGAGCGUCAUUUUCUACCUGGUCGUCCUGCUUCACGACAAGGUGGGCACAAACUCUGCACCAUCUUUGGUGCCUCUCUUUCACAACACUCUUCCAAGACUAAGUGCCCUGCAAGCAGUUUAUCGGGGCAUACAAGAAAGUGGCUGGACAUGAGGAAUCAUCAAAAGCAAUGGACAUGAAAAAGGUGUCUCGCCGUAUAUCAGGUCAUUCUUUCUUUGUCGAAGUUGUAAACUGUCUUACCUUACAUAUCUUAAUUUAUCCUUGGGAUCAGAAUCAUCAUGUGUAUUCUGGUUGUGCUUCGAGUCAUGGACUUAAAUGUGUGUACCUGCAAGUUUGCCUGUUUAGAUAAAUUUGCAUUAAUCAUUGGUUGCUUCAUUUACUUCUCAUUGCUGCAAAUUACUUAGGAUGUUGACAGAAUCUUGCCAGUAUUUUAGGGAAAUGACUGCACCAAGUGCUGCCUUCUUUUAGCCCUCGGUUGUGUGGAUGCUGUCAUUAAAGUGAGCAAUCGGUCACCUUUUUUUUGAAGGUUCCAAUGAUCUAUAGUUUUCCGUGUUACUGUUUUUGCCUGUUUUAGGGCUGAAGCUUCUCUUUAGCUUAUG